AUGUGCGACAGGCCAGUGCUUUCCACGGAAAUAAAUCUCUCCGACUGCCUUUCGUGUGCAGGAUGUGUUUCUGUGGAUGAGGAGGAAGACAAGAGCCACCUGCAGGGCAUCGACUUGAUAAAAGCCGGAGGUGCAAACAUCAUAAUAACCCCGCAGGCCAAGAUGGCGCUGUACUCUACGGGCAGAAAAGGCAGUUUUAGGCUCUUUGAGCACUCUCUGGUGAAGUACUUCGGCGCGCUGGGAAACACUGUCGUGGACAGCACCGUGGGGACGCGUAUUUUGCUGGAGAGGGAAAAGGCCCUUCUAAAAAGGCAGGGCACCGUUAUAAGCACUAUAUGCCCUGGAACGGUGCUGUACCUCCAGAAUGCGCUGGAAGGGAUAGACCCACAGCUAAGCCACAACCUCUCCCCUGUGGAAAUUGCAGCCAAAUACGCGAGAGAAAUCAGCCCGAAAAAGUGUGUUUCCAUAGUCAUGUGCAAAGACAAGAGAGUCGAAGCAAAAAACAACACGCACAUAGACUACUGCAUCACAGCGAAGGAGAUGCAGGAAAGCCUCCUAGGCCAGGAAGAGAUCCACGGGGGAGCAGGGAAAGAGCCUCCUCCCACGGAAAAUAGCACCCCGUGGGAGCCCAGCAGACAAGACUACACCGAGUUUGAGUACAUGCACAGCGUGAGCCGAAUCCUGGAAGGUUCCACCACGGGAGGAGUAUUUGAAGGCAUUUCUGCGCACCUGCUCUGUGAAGCAGGCCCGCAAGAAGGGCGCCUCGUAACGGUGAAAAGCAUGAAAACCCACAACGAGAAAGCCAUUCUCCCCGGGGGGAAGAAGGUCCUGCAGCUCUUUGGGAGCAGCCGCAUAAUAGCCUUCACGAGCAAGCUGAAAAAAGACAAAUCUGUCCUCGAACAGUACGCAUACAUAGAAAUGAGCAUGUGCACAGGAGGCUGCCUGUACGGCCCAUCGCAGGGAACUGCAGUGGAUGCCUCGCUCUAUGCGGCUGUCCAGCAGGAUAAAGUAUCGCAGGAAAGUGUGGAGUACCCGGCCGCUUCCCCAGGCGAGGAAAGAACAUUUGCAGCGUACAAGAAGAAGAAAAGGCGGAACUAUUUGGUCGAGUGGUAG